AUGUAUUCUUUACCACCCGAAGUUCAACUUGAUGUUUUAAAAUGUCUCAAUUUCAACCAAUUAUCCUCUAUCAAACAAACCAAUUUUUAUUUUAACAAUUUAAUUAAUAAAUGUCAGAAUAGAUUGGCACGAGUAAAAUUAAAAAAACUUGAAAUAUGGCAAGCGGCGUUAGAUGAAUCAGUUCCUUUGUUUUUACAUGAUUUUGGAUUUGGCUGGGACUUUGUUAUUCGUAUAGUCGACAAAGAAACCCUUUAUAUUUUAAAAUUGCCAAAUAUUCCAAAAAAUCUAAAAGAAUUGAUUAUUAUUCGCUUUUGGUUGAAACAACUUUUUGAAUGCUCUUUUGAACGUGCUUGUUUUAAAAAAAUUGUAUUUAAUCCAGAAAUGAUUGAUUUAUUAUUUGAUAACGACAAAACAAUUCCUUUACAAUUUCAUAUUCAAGAACCCUUUAUAUCUAUUGACAAUAAUAUAAUUAAAUAUAUUUUUAAAUUUGCUUGUAAUUAUUUGGCAGUUUCUGAAACUCUUAGUAUUUAUUCUUUCGAGAAUACAGAGAAACUUACAAAUACUUUAUUCAAUAUUUUGAAAAAUGAAGGCAAAAUAUUUCCAAAAAUUCGUUUCUUUGGACUUAGAACGACAAGGCUUCAUGAUCUUUUUGUUGAUGUGAGUUAA